UUUUUCUGAACUAUUUUUAAAAUGGCUGAUGUUAGGGAGGAUUCCAAUGUUCACAACAAAAGCCAGUACUCAGAAUCAAUAGUUUUAAACCAAGAUUUUGCAGAUAUCUCAACACUUGAACAAGACUUACUUAGCCAAAGUCAUGUUUCAAAGGCUAUGUCAGUUCAACACAGUAUAAUUACAUCAGUAGCUGAUUUAGAGUCUGCUACAGAAAAGUCAUCAAAAAUAGUCAUCAAAGACCCAGGAUAUCUUCAAGCAAAAUUAAGAGAGAGACUUUAUGAUAAACCAGAGAAUUCUGGAGUUAUGCAAUAUGUUCGAAUGCAGAAUUUAAGAAAAAGGCCAUUUUCAGGGAAUGUCAAAGAAAUACAAGUUUCAAAUUCAGUGAAGAGAAUAGCUGUUUUAGAGCCAUUAGAUACUACUAUUCCUAAACUAAGCUAUUUUGCUUUACAUAGACACAAGGAAUCAUCUACAGGACAUAAGAAAAAAGAACAAUUGGCUCUUUCUAACAUUUUGACUAGAAAAAGACCUAACCAGCUGGACCCUUUGGAUACCCCCAGAGACUUAGAAAACAUCACAGAUUAUGAACUUAAAAAUAAUAAAGCAGUUAUGACCAACGCACACUACCCUGCAAGCCAGUCUGCGGGUAUUAUAAACACUGUAGAUCUGAGAACAAGCAGAUCUAAAUCAAAGCCUAAGUAUUAUGACAGUGGGAUAUGUGUUGCUGAUGAAGCAGAACUAGAAAUCAACGUUGGUCAUGAUGAGGAUGAUGAAAAUGGUGAGGAUGAGGAAAAUGAGUUAGAAAAUAGAGCCUUCUCUGAGACACCUGGCUUCAAUAAACAGAUCCAAUUUGCAUCUACAUCACACAAAAAUUUGGAUGAUAAUACACCUAACAAGCCAACAGAAAGAUCUAAGAGUGCUGGCCUGGAUAUGAGAAGGUCGUUUGAUAACAAAGUUUACAAAAGUGCCAUCAAAUCUAAAUCUACAUCUCAUGUUUCAUAUAAGCCUGACCCCAACAAAGUUUUGUCCUACUUGAAAAAAAACAAGUAUGAUGAUAAAGUUCCAGAAGUUACGAAUGCUUAUGACCAGUUGAUUCUAAUGAGAAAACAGCUGGGGUGGGUCACUGAUAUACCAAGGCAUGGACCAGGUACACGAGAGGCAAUGGAAAAGAUAAAAGAUUUUCCAGAAAUAGAACAAGGUACAGACAAAAUCAAAGAAGACAAUGGCACAUUUUUUUACUGCCUUCCAUCCAAUCAUCAAGACCCUCGAGCACGGUAUAACCCAUAUGACCUGCAGAUUGUCUCUGCUAACACAGCAAGGUCCAACAAUAUGUAUUUUACCAUUAGUGCUUCAUACGUCUCUAUGUGUUAUGAAACUGAUGAUGCCAUGAAUGAGUCAAAUGCCACACCUGUUUUAUGGUGGCUGUGGGAAAGACGACUGUUUUUUAUGGUUUUUCAUUUCCCAGUUUUUGUAAAAUUUAGGUUAUGGAAGGCUUUUAAAAACUGGAGGAAAGCUAUUCUGAGACAGAAGAAUAAAGUUCAACAGGAGAAACUCUACAGAUCUCUGUUCAUUGCAAACGAAGUACUCCAAGGGUGUCUUAUACAUGUCAGAAGUUUAUGUGAGAGUGCGAGGACACUGGUUAAAGAUGGAGAUCUCAGCACUAUCAUCUCUUUUGUUGACCUUGACCCUUCAGUGACUUUCAGUCUCCAAGAUUUUGAAAGUCGCCAGAAAAAACGAUGUGACAAAGCAUUACAGCAGCUUCUAGCACUAAGGGGAAACAUCAUAGAAAUUGUGUGGGAAUCUUGUGCAACAGUUGCAGAAAUGGAAGGAAUUACACAGGGAAUAAGAGAUGAUUUAACAGCAGUUAAAAAAGUCAGCAUAACAUAUCAGCAUCACAAACCUAAGCAAAGACAAUCUGCUUUAAAGAGAAAUAAGUCAGACAAAACUCAAGAAGAAAAAAAAAAUAGACCAUUGUAUGCAGAAAUAGCUGAAUGGCGCAAAAUUUUAGCUCGCUUGUCUUGUUUCUUGCGAUGUGUUGACUACAUUUUGCAAGAGCUGUUGAGGUUCUUGGUUUUCUCCGCUGCUGAAAAACUUCUUAAUGUGAUAAAAACUUCCUACCAUUCUCAAGAUGGAGAGGAUUAUGAAGACUAUGAUGAUGGGGGAAGCAGUGAUAGAUCAGUUAGCCCUGCAUCACCCUACAGAGAAUCCAAGCCCACUCAUUUCACAGUCAGCAUGAGGGUCCAGUCACACUAUAAGGAGAAAGUCAAGAAGAAAGAAGGUCCAGAGCCAUAUGUCAUUCCCAGAUAUGACUUUAACAAAGUGGAAGAAGUCAAAAAACCACCUGACAUUGAUGAGGUAUUGGAGGAGAUUCGCAGAAGAGAUAUUGUGGAAGAAGUAAUCAGCCCAUUAUUUUUUAUUAAUCUGGUUUUAAAUGUCCCAGUUGCAACAACACAGACUCAUUCUCCCUCACACGGAGAUAAGAAAAACAAACCCUCUAAAGUCAAAUGGUCACUGGAAGGGGAUCAGACAAAUUCUGCUGAAAUUUUAUCAGAUUCAGACUCAGAAACAGAGAGUGAAUAUGAGACUGGGGAUUCUGAAAGUGAGGAUGAAGAUUUAUCAGAUGAUCAGACCAAAGAUAUCAGGGAGGACAAAUAUGCUUACCCUGCAAAAAACAAGGAGGAAGCAGCACGCAGCCGCAAGUCCACCGUUAGCCUGUCUCCCAGUGCUGCAGAUUUUAGGUCCAGUCUCCAGUCAAUUGUUUGCUACUUUGAGGAUACUGUCAUUCAGGUAACUCCAAUGCUGAGAGAACCCAAACUGGCAGUUUUUUACUCCCCACCAAAGCAUGAUCUCAAGCUCAAGUUUGAUGAGGAGGAAUCUGAAGAUAAACAAGAGCAGCAGCAUGCAUGGCCCAACCUUGACCUUAUAUUGAGGGAAGACCCAGAGUAUCAAAAACUACUUGCUGGGAUGUUUAGCUACUUAGAUCUUGAGAUGGAACUCUUGCAGCAGUUUUCUGAAAACUAUGAGACCUACUGUCAGAUGGUGGAUCAGUCAAGGAAAAUGCAUGUGGAAGAAGCUAUUGCCAAAAAUCCUUGGACUGCUGAUGAGUUUAAUCAAGUAUUAGGAACCCAUACAGAAAUGAUCCGUCGCAUGGGUAAAAUGGUUGUUUCACAUCGUAUAGCCAUGGUCCAACUGCAGGGAGAGGCAUUUAAAGAAUCCUGUUUGCCAUUUCCCCAAGCUGUGGUGAACGCUGUCAACAAAUGCUUGCCAAUCAUUGCCAACAAACACAAUGAUGAUCUCAUCUCCAUCAUCAAGGGUGCAUCCAAGCGCUUAGACAAGACAAUAGUUUCAGUGGAGGAGUUUGUGGAUCACUUGUCAUUUUUAGGGCGCAUGUCCACAGAGUUGCCUGCUCUUGAGAAAGAAUAUGAUGUAGUUAACAAAAUGUUUACCAUUGCUAAAUCUUACCAAAUCUACAUCAAGCCCGAAGAAAUGGCUCUGUACCAAACCCUUGCACCUAGCUUUCAACAUUUAAAGACAACCAUCUUGUUCUGUGAAGCUAAAAAAGAUGACAACAUCAGGAAAUUCUCAUCUCAACUGGAAACUUUGAUCAACGACAUCCGAGCUGCCCUGAUGGACCUGAAGACUCGAGUCCACGACCCAGAGCUCCUGCACAUUGACACACACCCCCUCUCAGCUCUGGAGACCACACGCUUCCUGCAGGAGGAAGUGAAAGUUUUGUCACUCAAGGCGCGCAGCUAUGCCAGUUACCAGGAACGUUUUGGCUCAUCCAUGUCUAAACAGAGGAAAAAUUAUUAUGGAGAUUUGCUAUUAACAGAGAAGAAAUCAGAAACCAGUGUUCAGGAUAUCCAAGCAGAACUGAGUGAGAUAGAACGAGAUCUCACGUUACGUGCUUUGCUCUGGGAGUCACUGGAAGAAUGGGAAAAACUUGUUGAGGAGUGGAAGGGUACCCCAUUUGACUCCAUCAAUGUGGAGGCCUUACAGAAGAGUGUCAACAAGUUUACACAAACUGUUUACAUGUUAGAGAAAGGCCUCCCACACAACCAAGUUGUCCCCAGGCUGAAAGACAGAGUCCUGGACUUCAAACAAGGCAUGCCAGUCAUCACUGCUCUCCGUAACCCUGCACUGCGACCUCGACACUGGGAAGAGAUACAGCGGGUGAUCAACAAGACAAUAAGCAGGGACAAGAACUUCACUCUGGGCAACUUGAUUGACAUGAAUAUCUUCAAGUAUAAAGAAAAGAUUCAGGAAAUAGCAACCACAGCAAGUAAUGAAGCAACACUUGAAUUGAUGUUGCAGAAGGUGAUUGACCUGUGGAUGAGCACAGAUUUCCGUUUGGUGCCGCAUGUUGGGAGAGACACCCUGGUCAUUUAUGGAGCAGACGACAUCAUGGCACAACUUGAAGAGAGUCAGGUCACAGUGGGCACCAUCAGAGGCUCCAGAUACAUUGGUCCUAUUAAGGCUCAGGUUGAAGAAUGGGAACGUAAGCUGCAAGUUUUCUCCCGUACACUGGAUGAGUGGUUAACUUGUCAGAGGAACUGGCUAUAUUUAGAACAAAUUUUCAGCACUCAAGACAUUCAACGGCAACUCCCAGCAGAGUACAAGCUGUUUAUGACAGUGGACAAAGCCUGGAAAGACAUCAUGAGAAGAACAGAAGACCGUCCCAAUGCCCUCAAGUCAGCCAUCACCCCUGGGACACUGGACACACUACAGAUGUGUAACGCUAAUUUAGAUAAAGUCCAAAGAUGUCUAGAGGAUUACCUAGAAACUAAGCGGUUCGUUUUCCCAAGGUUUUACUUCCUUAGUAAUGACGAACUCUUGGAUAUUCUGGCUCAGUCUAAGGAUCCCAAUGCUGUACAGCCCCACCUCGGCAAAUGUUUUGGCAACAUAAAACAGUUGGACAUUCAGUUUUUGCCUCGCCAGCCCCCAACUGUUAAAUCCAUCAUCUCUUUUGAAAGGGAAACAAUAUCUAUGCCCAGGAAUGUAAGAGCAAGAGGUGCAGUAGAACAGUGGCUGGGUAUUGUUGAGGCUGGCAUGUUUGAAACGGUCAAGAAGCACUUGAAAAUUGGAUUGUCUGCAUGGCAAACUUCCACUUUAAAGGACUGGGUUCUAAAACACCCUGGACAAGUAGUUCUUACAGUAAUGCAGAUCAUAUUCAACAAAGAUGUCACAAAAUCUUUGGACUCUGCUGAUUCUAGAGUAGCUUUGGUAUCAACUCAGGAAAACAUGGUUGACCUGCUAAACCAGCUGGCAAGUUUUACAUAUGCCAGUUUGCAUGGCUACCAGAGAAUGAGCAUAGAAGCUCUUCUAACAAUAACAGUCCACAACAGAGAUAUCAUUAUAGAUAUGAUACAGAAGAGAGUCAGAAAAAAAGAGGAUUUUGAAUGGAAAAGACAACUCCGUUACGAGUGGGAUGAAACAAGCAACAACUGCCAAGUGUUACAGAGCAAUGCUCACUUUCAAUACGGCUAUGAAUACCUGGGGUGCUCCACUCGUCUGGUCAUCACACCCCUGACUGACAGGUGUUACCUGACACUGACAGGGGCCCUGCACCUGCAUCUGGGUGGAUCCCCUGCAGGGCCGGCAGGCACAGGGAAGACAGAAACAGUCAAAGAUUUAGCCAAGGCUCUAGGAAAACAGUGUGUUGUCUUCAAUUGCUCUGAAGGGCUGGACUAUAAGAUGCUGGGCAAGUUUUUUUCUGGUCUGGCCCAGUCUGGUUCCUGGUGCUGUUUUGAUGAGUUUAACCGCAUUGACGUGGAGGUGUUGUCUGUGGUGGCCAUGCAGAUCCACACCAUCAAGUCUGCUAAAGACGCUCAUGUGCCCAGAUUUAUAUUUGAAGGCAGGGACAUCAAGCUCAACCCAACUUGUGGCUACUUCAUCACCAUGAACCCAACGUAUGCUGGGCGUGUGGAGCUCCCUGACAACCUGAAGUACCUGUUCAGACCAGUGGCCAUGAUGGUGCCAGACUACACCCUGAUUGCUGAGAUCAUGCUGUUCUCUGAAGGCUUUACGGCAGCCAAGUCCCUGUCCCAGAAGAUAGUCAACCUGUACCAGCUGGCCAGCAAGCAGCUCUCCCAGCAGGACCACUACGACUUUGGUAUGAGAGCCAUCAAGUCAGUGCUGGUCAUGGCAGGCCAUGGCAGGAGACACGUCCUGCAGCUAGACCUACAAAAUAGCAAGAAGAUCACAGAAGAAGAUGAGUCAUUUAUUCUCAUUCAUUCCUUGCGAGAUGCCAACAUGCCCAAGUUUUUAGCUGAGGAUGUUCCACUUUUUGAAAGCAUUCUUGAUGAUUUGUUUCCUGGAGUUAUUCCUCCUGCUAAAGAUAAUGGAACCCUUGAGAAAGCUAUCAGCAUGUCCAUCAGAGACCUGUCCCUCCAACCCUGGCCCAACCAGACGGAGAAGGUCAAGCAGCUGUACAACCAGAUUAUGGUCCGUCAUGGCGUCAUGCUGGUUGGUCCAACAGGGGGAGGUAAAACGUCUGUGAGGAACAUCCUGCAGAAGGCUCUGGUGCUGCUGCCCAUGCUGCAAGCACAGGCCAGCGACCAAACACACAGAGAUGUCAACACGAAGAGGCAAAGUGUUUUCUAUGCUAACAAAGGUAAGAAAGGACACGUGGAAACAUUCACAGUGAACCCAAAGUGUGUCACACUUGGUGAGUUGUAUGGAGAAACUGACCCCAACACAUUUGAGUGGUCAGAUGGGCUUAUAGCAAACGCCACACGCCAGUUUUCAAAAGAACUGUCCAUCCCUAUAGAGAAUAUAGAUGAGGAGAUGAUGAGGGCCAAUGAAAACCCUCCAGCUGGUCCUUUGUCUGAGAAGGCAGUCACCACCUUGCUCUCUACUCAGCACGGCCCGGCAAAAUCAAGUGGAAAACAAAAGAAAGAGAGAGAAUCUGCAACUCCAGAGGAUGGAGAGAAGGAGGUUGAGAAAGAUGACGAGGAGGGUAAGGAAGGAAACAGCAGCAUCACCAACUGGAGGUGGCUGAUCCUUGAUGGCCCAGUGGACACGCUGUGGGUGGAGAACCUGAACACAGUGCUGGACGAUUCCAAGGUCCUGUGUUUGGCUAGCGGAGAAAGAAUUUCCUUAACUCCAGGCAUGAGACUGCUCUUUGAGGUGGACAAUCUUUCUAAAGCCAGCCCCGCCACAGUCAGCCGCUGUGCUAUGGUUUAUAUGGACCCAGUAGAUCUAGGAUGGAGACCUUCUGUUAAAACAUGGCUGAAUCAUUUACCUAGAGAUUUUCCUGAAUCUGGAAAAAAUUUCCUGCUCGCACUUUUUGAUUCAAGCAUUGACAAGGGUCUUAACUUUCUUCACAAAUAUAAAGAACACCAAGCAGUUGAGGCCCCUGACCUCAGCAUUAUUGGAACACUGUGUCAUAUUUUGUCAGCAUACUUUGAUUUCUUUGCUUCUCAUGGGGGUUUUGGAGCUCAAGAUGAGAAAGAAAAAGAUGGCUCCCUGCAAGUCCAGAAUGCUGAUGAUGAUUUAUCUAGUCCCAUGUCAUCUCGGGCUGGGGCUGGGAGUGGAGGGUCCAAACUCAAGCGGCGUCAAACAAAAAGACAAGUGAAGAUGAAAGAGGAAUUUGAUAUAGCAGACACUCUUCAAAUCAAAAGUGCCAAAGGACCAGAAAGAAAAAUGUUUUACUUGGAGAGGAACCCAAACCAGCUGAACAACCUGCUGGGAAAACUCUUUGUGUUCGCCUACACCUGGAGCAUUGGGGGUGUGCUCAAGAGGAGAGAAUUCAUGGAUGAAGAUGACAGCAGCAUCAAGAGAGCGGGGGCUAUGGUGGAGAGGGUUGAUAUCAAUAAUGAGUUUGAUAACUUCGCAAGAGAACUUUUUGAUGUGGAGCCCCCACUAGGAGUGAGGCUCCCUGCUGGUAACCGCAGCAUCUAUGGCUACUUUGUUGACACAGAGAGCGGAUCUUUUGUACCCUGGGAUCUUCUCAUUCCAAAUACUAAAUCUUUGAUUGAAAAGGGUGCAGUCAUAACCAUAGGUGAGACGCUGGGUGUUGUAUCUGACAAGAAGAAAAAUGAACUAAAAGAAGCCGAAAUAAUUCCUACAGUGGAUAUUGUGAGGUUUACUUUCCUAACCAGUUUGUUGUUGCUCAACAAACAUCCUGUUCUUCUGACUGGUGAUUCUGGAGUUGGAAAAACUGCCAUAAUAAACCACAUGCUGAAAGAGUUAGAAAAAGAGGGAGGAACAUCGAUGGAAAAAUCCAGCUCUAUUUUGGGAUCUGUCUUACAGUACUCAGAGAAACAAUCCAGUUUACUUGAAAAUAUCAGCAGUCUGACAAGCUUCCAGCCUGAGGCAGAGGACAAAACUAUUGACAUUUUUCUUGGGCCCAAAGGCAAGCAAGUAGGAAUCAUUAGUACCAUGAUACAGUUCAGUGCUCAGACCAACUCUAAAAGACUACAAGCUCAAAUCAUGCUCAAGCUUAUCAAGAAAAGCAGGACUUCAAUGGGUGCACCAAAAGGCAGAAAGGUAAUAGUUUUUGUGGAUGACCUAAACAUGCCAGCACCUGAGGAAUAUGGGGCACAACCUCCACUGGAACUGUUGAGACAGUUCUUAGAAAUGGGAGGAUUUUACGACACCAAAAAGAUGGUUUGGAAGGAUAUAUUAGAUGUGAUCUUAGUGGCCGCCUGUGGCCCACCGGGCGGUGGAAGGAACCCAACCACUCCCAGACUUCUUAAACACUUCAGUUUAUUUGCCCUGCCACAGCCAUCCACCAAAUCACUGCAGCACAUUUAUCAAGUACAACUUGGGCGCUUUCUACAAGAAGGAGAGUUCAUGCCAGAAGUAGUUGAUUGCUUAUUUCCCCUGGUGUCAACUAGUAUUGCUCUAUACUACAACAUGUGUGCAGUAAUGCUCCCCACUCCAACCAAAUCUCACUACACAUUUAACAUAAGAGAUCUCUCAAAGGUAAUACAGGGUAUGCUACAAGCACAUUCCUCUGUUAUUAUGGGGAAGGAGAAUUGUGCUCAACUGUUAGCUCAUGAAGCUACACGUGUCUUCCAUGAUCGCCUCAUCAACCAUGAGGACAGAGAAGUUUUUUUCCAAAUACUUGCAGACAACUUGCAUGACUAUUUUAAAGUGAGAUGGACGCCACAGAAACUAAUGGAAGAGUCUGUUUUAUUUGGUGACUUUUUUGAGAUGAGUGAGCAUGGCUCUGUCCACAAGGUGUAUAGACCUCUGGCAGACAAGAACAAGAUUGUCCGUGUGUUGGAGGAGUAUCACAUGAGGCUCAGCAUGGGAGAUGUUAUGGACCAGCUUGUGUUCUUCAAGGAUGCUGUUGAGCAUGUGGUGAGGGCAGCCAGAGUCUUCAGACAACCUGGUGGACAUCUUCUGCUGGUGGGUCUGGAUGGGACGGGCAAGUCCACCAUUGUCCACCUGGCCAGCUACAUCAGCCACUGUGAACUCUUCAGACUCAAGCUCCACAACCAGUACGGCAUGACGGAGUUCAGGGAUGAUUUAAAAACAUUGUUCAUGAAGGCAGGGGUCAAAGGUGUUCCAUCUGUUUUCUUGUUGACUGACGCUGACAUUGUGAAGGAAUCUUUCCUUGAGGACAUCAACUGUAUUCUAAAUUCCGGAGAAGUUCCAGAUCUGUUUGACAACGAGGAGCUGGAUGGAAUCACGAUGGAGUUGAAGGCCGCAGCCACUGAGGCGGGGGUCCCAGACACCAGGCCAUCAGUCUAUGCUUUUUUUGUACAGCAGAUCAGGCAGAAGCUGCAUGUGGUCCUCACCAUGAGUCCAGCUGGGGAAAAGUUUCGCCAGCGCUGCAGGAUGAACCCUGCUCUGAUCAACUGCUGCACCAUAGACUGGUUUGAUGACUGGUCCGAUGAGGCCAUGCUCAGUGUUGCCAGGGUUUUCUUUGCCAACACUGAGUUCAUUGCCAAUGAGAUCCACUACAACAUUGAGGAGCUAAAAGAGAGAGCUUCACACAUAUGUGUUGGAAUUCAUAAGAGUGUGGCAGAGACUAGCAUCAAAUUUUGGGAGGAGACUCGCCGCAGAUACUACUCAACCCCAAGUUCGUACAUGGAACUUAUACGUCUGUACUCACGUAUGUUGAAGGAUAACAAGCAGGAGUUUAUGAAUAACAGAGACCGCCUCCAAACUGGUCUAACAACAUUAACCAAUGCCUACUCCAUGGUUGGAGCCAUGCAAGAGGAGCUGGUGUCUCUAGGGCCAAUCAUACUUGCUAAAGCCAAGGACACAGAAAAUCUGCUGCAGCAGUUGGAAGAGGACAGGCUGGCAGCUAAAGAGGUGCAGGACAUUGUCUCACAGGAAGAGAGCAUCAUGGCUAAGGAGAUGCAGAUAGUUCAAGAUUACGCUGAUGAAUGUGAAUCUGAUCUGGCUGCAGUCCUACCUGUCCUAAAAGAUGCUGUGGAUUCCUUGGAAACUUUGGACAAGGCAUCAAUCUCUGAGAUUAGGGUGUACACAAAGCCUCCCCAGCUUGUGUCCACAGUGAUAGCCGCUGUGUGUGUCUUGUUCCAGAAGAAAACAGACUGGGCCACAGGAAAACUUUUUCUUGGAGACCCACAGUUCCUCAAGAUGCUCCUUAGCUAUGACAGAAACAAUCAGCCUGAAAAGGUUUUUAUCAAGUUAAAAAAGUUUACCAAAGAUCCAAACUUCAACCCUGAAGCAGUGGGAAAAGUUUCUUUAGCUUGUAAAUGUAUCUGUAGAUGGGUACUGGCUAUUGACAACUACAACACUGUCUACAAGAUGGUAAAACCUAAACAAAGACGUGUACAAGAUGCAAGAGAAGCUUUAAAACUUGCCCAGGAAAGUUUGACUAAAAAACAAUCCAGCUUAAAACAGAUCCAAGCACACCUGGAGAUGAUUCAGCUCCAGUACCAAGACAGUGUUGACCAGAGGGAGGCCUUGAAGGAGAGACAGAGGAUCACUGGGCUGAGAAUAGAAAGGGCUUCUAUUCUAGUCUCAGCUCUGGCUGAUGAGGAGGUCCGUUGGGGUCAGUCAGUCAAGGUCCUGGACACAAAACUAGAAGGAAUUGUGGGAGACACGCUGGUGGCCGCAGCAUCUGUAGCAUAUUUGGGAGCUUUCACCAGCCACUACAGACAGCUGCUGGUGGAAGACUGGAUCAACAUGUGUAAGGACAAGGACAUCCCAAUCUCUACAGAAUUUGAUAUUGUCAAAAAUAUGGCUGAUGCAAAUCAGGUCAUGAAAUGGUACAACACUGGUCUCCCUAAAGAUAAGCUCUCUACAGAGAACGCCACUUUUGUAAGUCGAGCAAGAAAAUGGCCACUGUUUAUUGAUCCCCAAGGACAAGCAGUGAGAUGGAUCAGGGAAUUAGAAAAAUCACGACUGAAGAUAGUAGCAGGCACUGACCUAAAUAUUAUCCGCACCAUUGAAACUGCCAUUAAAGUUGGAGACCCAGUUCUGCUAUCCGAUGUAGCAGAAGAACUUGAUCCAGCUCUCAGGCCCGUACUGCUGCAGGAAACAUACCACAAAGGGGGACAACUUGUCAUCAAAAUUGGUGAUGUGGAAAUUGAGUACAAUCAAAACUUCAGACUUUACCUGGCAACAUCUUUAGCUAACCCACACUUUCUACCUGCCAUUUACCUGCAAGUCAACGUCAUCAACUUUACUGUUACUUUUGAUGGCCUUCAGGAACAGCUACUCUCAGUUGUUGUAACUCAGGAAAGACCAUUGCUAGAGAAACAGAGAACACAACUCCUUGAGAGUAUAGCCAACGACAGACAAACACUGAGAGACUUAGAGGACAAGUCACUUUCUAUGCUUCAAAGCACAGAAGGCCACAUUCUUGAUGACCAGGAUUUGGUUGUAACAUUGCAACAGAGUAAAGCAAAGUCUCAAGAAAUUUACAAAAGAGUUGCCCAGUCUGAGGAGACGGAACAAAAAUUAAAUGCUGCACGUAAAAGAUACUUACCGGUGGCAACGCGUGGUGCUGUGAUCUACUUUGUUGUAGCUGAGCUGGCCAACAUUGAUGUUAUGUACCAAUAUUCUUUAACUUGGUUCCAGUCCAUGUUUUCCACCUGUAUUACUGAAAGUACAAACUCAUCCAUAAGUUUUGCCAGUGGUGUUUUAAGGCCUUCAAGUGCAAAAAACAUCAAAUCGAUGCAUAAUCUCCUUGAUGAGGAAGGAAAUGAAGUAGUUGACCCAUUGAAUGAAAUGGACAGUCCACAAGAUCUGAUGGAGCAUUUAUCCAGCAUGAUAGAGAGUCUAACACACAGCAUCUACAGGAUUGUCUCUGUUGGUCUCUUCACCAAUCAUCAGCUCAUAUUUUCAUUUAUGCUUUGCUCAAGCAUACUGCGGGCAAACUCCAGAAAGGAAAAUGCUAUGAACUCAACUAAAAUAAUACAUGAAAAUGAAUGGCUAACAUUUUUGUAUGGUAAUGUUGCAGCCAUACUUAAAGCAAAAGAUGAACCAGAAGUGGAUAAAGAGACAGAAGAUUCUGUUGAGUCCUCACAAACAGGUUCUGAAGCUUCAGACAGCAGAAAGGGGAGCAAAACACACUCAGGCAUUCAGAAAAAAUUUUAUCCAGACUGGAUAGGAGAAACUAUAUGGAGACAGUGCCAGUUUAUAGAAGCAACAAUUCCAAACUUUGAGCAUCUUUGUGCUAGCCUCACCAGCUGCCCAGAACAAUGGGAAGAAUUUAAAAACUCAGAUGAUGUUUUUCAUUUAAUUGGCCAACCUUUUGAAUCAGUUGCUGCUACAAAAGAGAAAGCUGUAGUUUUUCACUGGGAGAAACUGACCAAAUUUCAACAGCUACUCCUUAUCAAGACUCUUCGUUUAGAAGUUCUUCACACAUCUAUUGCCCUGUUUAUUAAAGAUCAGCUCGGAUCAAAAUAUAUCACAACUGGAACAUUUGAUUUACGAGAGGUUUACCAAGAAUCUAAAGCAAAGUCUCCUCUUAUUUUUAUUCUAUCUCCAGGCUGUGAUCCAUCAUCUCAAUUGCUGAGGUUUGCAAAAGAGCUAAGAGGGAGCACUCUUCAUCUUGAUAUGAUCUCCCUUGGAAGAGGCCAAGGUCCAAAAGCUGAAGAGCUCAUAUCUAAAGCUCAAAUAUUGAAAGGCAGAUGGGUAUUUUUACAAAACUGUCAUCUUGCAGCCUCAUGGAUGCCUAAACUUCAAGCCAUUGUUGAAAAAUUUAAUCAACCAAGUGAGGAUAACCUUGACCCCCAGUUCAGACUUUGGUUAAGCUCAAGGCCUGAUACUGCUUUUCCUAUCUCAAUACUACAGCACGGAAUCAAAAUGACCAUUGAGGCACCACAAGGGUUAAAGGCAAAUCUUUUAAGAACAUUUGGAAGUUCUGGUGCUGGAGUCGUCUCAGAGAAUUUGUAUAACACUGGCUCCAGUAAACAAGGAUGGCGGCCAUUGCUGUAUGGUCUUUGUCUUUUUAACAGUGUUAUCCAUGAAAGGAAGAAAUAUGGAACUCUAGGAUGGAACAUUCCAUAUGAGUUUAAUGAUUCAGACUUGGAGGUAUCCAUUUUAAAACUGCAGAUGUUGUUAGAGGAACAGGAGGAUGUGCCCUGGGAAGCUUUGAAUUACCUCACAGGGGAAGUAACCUAUGGAGGGCGUGUAACAGAUGACUGGGACCGGCGAUGUCUCAUUUCACUACUGAGGAAGUUCUACAACAUUUCUCUCUUUGAGCCAGGAUAUAGUUAUGAUGCUACUCAUAUGUAUCAUCCUGUACCAGAAACUUCCAACUUCACUUCUGUAUUUUCAUUUAUUGAAAACCUCCCCAAUUAUGACAGCCCAGCCAUAUUUGGUAUGACAGAAAAUGCUGAAAAGUCUUGCAGAGAAUUUCAGGCUAGUGCUGUAAUUAACACAGUGGCCAGUGUCCAGCCUAGAAGAACCUCCACUCUGACUGGAUCUCAAAAGAGCAGCGAUGCAGCUGUUUUAGAGAUAGCGCAAGACAUAUGUAAAAGACUUCCCCGCUGUGUUGAAGAUAAUUCUCCUUCACCCAACCCUUUGUUGUUGGAGCCACAAAGAUCUUUGAAAUCUAUUCUACAAAAAGAUGUGGAGACAAGGGGAUUGGAUAAAGAAAAACUAAACAUCUUGGAAAAUUUGACUAGCAGUUUAGCUGGAAAUUCUGCCUUGCUGACAAUUUUAAGACAAGAAAUUGACCGUUUCAAUAAUUUGCUAUCUGUGAUACACAACUCAUUAAAUUUAUUGACCCUGGCUGUGAAGGGAGAGAUUGUAAUGUCAGAACAAUUAGAAGAAGCUUAUGAAGCUUUGUUAACGCUUCGCAUACCAGCUCAGUGGAAGAAUGCUGCCUACGAGUCCACAAAGUCCCUGUCCUCUUGGGUAUCAGAUCUACAACAGAGAGUAGAAUUUUUUGCUGAGUGGGCAAAAUUGCUGUCCUCAACAAUUGAAAAGAAAUAUCGCCAGGCUGUCAGAAAUGUGAAAGAAACUGCUGGAGAUGUUGAUGUUCCUAUCAUCACUCAACCUGUCACAUUUUGGCUGUCUGCUUUCUUCUUCCCUCAAGGUUUUCUAACUGCUGUUCUUCAAAAUCAUGCCAGAAAGAUGGGAAUAUCUGUUGACUCCUUAACCUUCAAUUUUAAAAUUGUAAGACCCUCCCCUGAGUUAGAUAAAAGUGAUGAGCGCUCUUCCUCUGUAGCUUCUAGCAUCAAAGAAAUAUCAUUCACAGGCACACCACCAGAAGAUGGUGUCUUGAUAUGUGGCCUGUUCAUAGACGGAGCAAGGUGGGACACAGAGACCUACACUCUACAAGACUGUCUGACCAACAAAAGAUUUUACAGCUUGCCUGAUAUUCACUUCCAGCCUGCUGAGACCCGAGAAGUUGUUUCUUCAUUGUCUUCUGCUCAGACUAGUGAGCAGACGCCAGAACAGCAGGCUCCAGCCAAGAGCUAUGAGUGUCCACUGUACCGGACAUCAGCCAGGGCUGGAACUCUCUCAUCCACUGGUCACUCAACCAACUUUGUCACCUCCAUCACAUUACCAUCAGAGCAGCCGCCAGAUUUUUGGAUCCUCAGAGGUGUCGCGAUGCUCUGUCAGCUUGACGACUAGCACCCUCUCUAACCAGAAUGUCAUUGUAUUAUCACAUGGUGCUUGUCAUCCUGAUGACUAGCACCCUCUAUAACCAGCAUGUCAUUGUGUUAUCACAUGGUGCUUGUCAUCCUGA